AUUCCUCUGCUCUCUGUAAUUCUUGCACAUUUCUAUUCUAUUUAAUUUUUUUAUUUCGGCAGUCCGCUUGUUCAAUUCGACAGAAUCGCAUUUGCACAGUAAAAAAACACAACAGAGCACAGCAAUGGACCGCUACAGCUUUUCACUCACUACAUUCGCGCCCAAUGGCAAGCUGCUGCAGAUUGAGCAUGCCCUGGCGGCAGUUGGCAAUGGCUCGACCAGCGUGGGCAUCAAGGCGGCAAACGGCGUGGUUAUUGCUACAGAGAAGAAGACCGGGUCGUCGCUUAUCGAGGUGUCCUCGUUGGAGCACAUGGCCAUGGUCUGCGACAGCAUCGGCAUGGUGUACUCAGGCAUGGGCCCCGACUUCCGCGUGCUCGUUAACAGCGCGCGCAAGAUGGCACAGAAGUACAAGCGCAUCUACAUGGAGGAUCCGCCCGUGCGUAUCCUGGUUAAGGAGCUUGCCAGUGUGAUGCAGGAGUUCACGCAGAGCGGUGGUGUGCGCCCGUUUGGCGUGUCGCUGCUGCUGGCCGGCGUUGACGAGCGGGGCCCCAACUUGUACCAGGUCGACCCGUCGGGCUCGUAUUUCCCGUGGAAGGCUACGGCCAUUGGCAAGAACAUGGUCAACUCGAAGACGUUCCUCGAGAAGCGGUUCAAUGGCGACAUGGAUCUGGAGGAUGCCGUGCACACUGCCAUUCUCACGCUAAAGGAGGGCUUUGAGGGCCAGAUGACGGAGCAUGCCAUUGACGUGGGCAUUGUCAAUGUGAUCCCGAGCGCUGAGAGCGGAAAGUCGACGCCCACGUUCCAGCGUCUGACACCCGCAGAGAUCAAGGACUACUUGGCCAACAUCCUCUAGGUUCAUCUUUUUCACUACUCUUUUUUUGGCUGCACCAGCCUGCCUGCUUUCAUUAUAUACAUCACUCUGCAAUUCAGCGAUAUCUCCUUGUAUCCACACCUGCUAUUGAAAACACGCUUUCAUUGGAAAAGUUUCUUGCAAUAAUAAUUGAUUUAUUUCCGGG